CCUUCUCAACCAUCUUCAGAGAUGUAGUUAUCAGGCAACGUAUUAUCUUUCUCGAGCAUUCGCUGACUAUCUCAUCAUCUAGGCUCCGCCUCAAAGUAAUCAAAAGCUCCAUUAUGAGAGCCAAUGCAACCGAUAGCCCAAGAGUCGUUGAGAUUCUCUACUACGAUAUUUCCAGGGGUAUCGGUACCGACGGCUGGCCUUACCACAAAUCCAAUCACAAGCACAAGGUCUACUCCAAGAACCCUACUCUCCACCUUGUUGACAGAGAAUUUCGGGACGAAGCACUCAAGACCUGGAGCGUUCGGAUCGAUACACGAAAUGGAGAGUGCUACGCUAGACUCGACCGAGACAACACCAUUAUCUACAUCUCGUACACCGAAUUGGACGAUGACAGUGAUCCGCUGGACAUGUACGGUGACAUGCUCAAUCCCGAUAUAUGCUCCAAAAUCAAGCACGUCGCCAUCGAUUUCGAGAUGUGGAACUGCCACAAGACCAUUAACCCACUCCAAAAGUUCACCGCUCUCGAGACUUUUACAUUCGUCGUCCACGAUGCAGCUUGCUGUGCUGAUUGGGAGCCUGAAAAACAGCCUGUCGAGUUUGAGAUCGUGUAUGUUGAUGAAGAUGACUUGGAGGAAGUCAGACCAGAAAUCCGCCUUUGGGAUGACAUCGAGCACCUGGUAGAGUUGUGCACCAAAAACAAGGUUAAUAAUCCUAAGUACAAGGUUCCGGUUGUCAAGACCGCUAUAAUGUAUUGCGAUGACAAUGCUUGCUGUAACUCUGUUGAGAGUGUUGAGAACCACUUAGUUGACGUCUUGGCUCCUGAUGGAGGACGCUCUAGACCUUGAUGGGUUCCGCUGCAAUCGAGGACAAGUCUCGCAUUGAGUAGGACUUGAUGACUUCUGGUGGCGAAGGUUCUUGGGAUUAUUAACCACUCAUCAGAGUUCUUUGUUCCCCUGGAUUCUGCUAUUACUAGGCUCAUGCACUGCAAUGGUUCUUCUAGCACCAUUUUGUGCCUAAAUCUUUUUCCCUUGCACAAACACUUUCAUGUAUUUUGCGAAAUCCCUCGUGUUGCUUGUCA